AUGGGCAGCAAGCGGCGGCUGCUGGGCGGGCUGCUGUCGUGCCGCUGCCUGCGGGCGCAGCACGAGGAGGGGGGGGCGGCUUCGGUGCUCGACUUCUCGCACUGCAGCCUCGACGCGGUGCCACGCGACGUCUUCUCGUGCGAGCGCAGCCUCCUGGAGCUCUACCUGGACGCCAACCAGAUCGAGGAGCUGCCCCGGCAACUGUUCAGCUGCCAGGCCCUGCGCAAGCUGAGCGUGCCGGACAACGACCUCUCGUCCCUCCCGCCUGCCAUCGCCGGACUCAGCAACCUGCGGGAGUUGGACAUCAGCAAGAACGGCAUUCAAGAAUUCCCGGAGAACAUCCGCUGUUGCAAGUGCCUGUCUGUGUUAGAAGCGAGCGUGAACCCCAUUAGCAAGUUGCCAGAAGGGUUCACUCAGCUCCUAAACCUGACCCAGCUCUAUCUGAAUGAUGCCUUCCUCGAAGCGCUGCCCGGCAACUUUGGCAGGCUGGCCAAAUUACAGAUCUUGGAGCUAAGGGAAAAUCACCUUAAGACGCUACCCAAGUAAGACACGCCGUCACGCUGACACACAGACAGACAUACACACGCCUUCACUACAUAGACACGCACACACACAUGCACAGACAAACUAAGGAACACACAAACAAGACAAAGAUGCCCCUGACAGCCUUUGGGGAUUCCUGGGGC